AUGGCUACCUACCUAGUCACCCAGGCAACCGGCCAGCAAAGCCAAUCGGUUAUUGCGCAUCUACUUGCAGCGGGAGCCAAAGUCCAUGCAGUGGUACGCAACCCUCAGAAAGUUCCGCCGGCCUUGGAGAAACAGGGCGUCACGAUCUUCAAAGGCGAAAGUACAAAUUAUGAAGAAGUCUACCAGGCAGCACGAGGGUGCAAGGGAGCUUUCCUGAACACUUUUCCCUGGCCGGGACUGGAAACCCAGCAGGCGAAGACAAUUGUCGAUGCUUGCGAGAAGGCAGGUGUUGAGAGCCUUGUCGUCUGCACUACCUUCACCGUCGGCAACAGGGCCAUAUGGGAUGAUGCUGCGACGGAGGAAGUUGGGUUGCGACCGUACUUCCUAUCCAAGGCGGAGGUUGAGGAGAUCGUCCGCGGUGCUAAAUUCAAAGCCUAUACUAUCCUUCGGCCGUCCGUCCUCCACACCGACUUCAUGCUGCCAGGUGUCUUUGGCAACUUCCCUGGGCUUCCGCAAGGAGAGCUGGACCAUGCUUGCAAUGAUGGUGUCCGGCUGCCUUACUCAGACACAUACGACGUAGGAAAGUACGCCGCAGCGGCCCUGCAGGAUCCUGUCAAGUUCGGUGGCCAGGAGAUUGAUCUGCCAAACGAAUACCUUACCAUGGAAGAGGUGCGCGACGUCCUUGUCAAGGUCAGUGGCAGAGAUGUGCAAGUGAGGCAACAGGCCCCUGAGGAAGUAGAGGAGACGAAGAAAACCGCUCCCGGUAUGCUGUUUCAAAUCUGGGCCAACGUGAAAGAUUUCACCACUUUUGUCAAAACGGCCAAGGAGGCCCAAACAAAGUUCGGCAUACCAUUCACCCCGUUUGAAGAGGCAAUGAAGAGGGACAAGGCUCGACUUUUGGAGUGUCUGCCUGCUUAA